CAGUCAGUUGAGUUAACGGACAGACUCUCAAAGCAACUUACCCAAUUGCCAACCAGUAGAUGCCUGUACAUGCCAGAUAUUGCUAGAUAUAGCAAGCAGCGUUACAAAAUAUGAGCACCAGAGACAGCGACAGCUCCACAGAAAAGAUGUCAGUCAGCAGCGCAGAGGGAGUGGCUGAAAAAAAGUGGGAAGCAGCACAGUCUCCUUCUGAGAGAGAUGCAGAGAGAGGGGUAAAAUGCCAUGCCAGUGAUGUAGCAUUCAAUGUGAUAUUCAAUCUCCCUUCCUUGUCUACAGCCUUCACAAAAGAGCUUUCGCCUACAACUAUCUGUAAAGCCCAAUUGCUAUCAGGUGUCAUAAAUGUGACUUUGUCUUCAAGCAACAGUAAUUUUAUUUUGCCUCCAAGCAGCAUAAAUGCACCUUUGGCUUCAAGCAACAUUGCUGUUAAUUUACCUGCAGGCAGUGUAAAUUCACAGUCCCCUUCUGAGAGGCCAAAAGAUAGCAAGGAGACUGAUGUAGAAGGGAACAUCAGUAAUACAGUAACCAGUUUGCAUUCUUUGCCUACAGCUGCUUGUAAUGCCCAGUUGAGUUCAGACAGAAUAUAUACUUCUUUGCUUUCAAAUGUGCCUUUGAUUACCAGCAAUAAUACUAAUUUGCCUUCAGGCCACAAAAAUCCUUUUUUGCAGAGAGGCCCAAGCAAAGCUACAGGGUCAACAGACCAGAGAAAUUCUCCUUGCCCCAUCAGCAAAAAUAAUGCUUCUUUGCCUUUAGACUCCCAUUCGACUGAUGACAUUGGGCCCCUCUCGCAAGUGAGUGCCUUAAUAGACCAACUGGUCCACACGCACUCAGCCAUAUUAGGAAAUGAGGCCACAUUACAGCAGAGUGAAGGGUUUCUUUUGCUAAUUAGAGAUAUCUUAAAGCAGGGUAUAGAAGCAGAAAAGCAUUGGCACCAAAGAAUAAUAGAAGAUCGUCAACAUCACAGAAUAGCUAAGCUGGAGAUGGCCCAGAUGCAGGUUUGUUAUAGUAAGAGUGGUUCAUUAUCGCCGCCAUUUUCUGAAGAGAAUUUCCCUCAGUUCCAGGAUGUAAAUGAAUUUACUGAUUGGGUCCUGCUAAAUUUCGAGAAACUCUGUGCCAUGUACAAUGUGCCUGAGCCUGAGUGGGUCUGUUUUCUGCCUGACAGGCUCAAAAGCAAAGCAAUGGGAUGUUACUGUGAUGUGCCUAUGAAUGCCUGCCAGGAUUACAAAAUAAUAAAGGCAGCCUUGCUGAAACCUUAUGAUAUUGAACCAGAAAUCCACCGUGUGAAGUUCCGAAAUAUGGUGCGGAAUGCAGAAGAAUCUUUUACCAGCUUUUACCAGAGACUCCAGUACCGCUAUAAGCGAUGGAUGGACACCUCUAAUGUAAAAAAAUUUAAGGACUGCUAUAAGCCUCUAGUGUUAGAGCAAUUGCUUCAAACGUGUCCAGCUGAGGUUAAGCAAACGGUUCUAAACCAAGAGGGCUGCACGCCAUAUCAGGCUGCCAAAAUUGCAGAUGAAAGCAUGCAGCUACAUCCGAAAACUGCUGCUCAUCCCAAACUGAAGAAACGCUGUGCACCACCCAAAAUAGAUGGAAAAAUAGAUGACUUCCUUCAGUAUUUUGUUGCAGACAAUGAAAACAUCUUGGAUUUGUUGGAUUUAUUUGAGUGCAGGUGCAUGUUUCAGAAUUUGCCCAAAUCACGCUGGGUGAAAUGUUUAUAUCGCAAACUGAAGGGGAAAGUGCUGGAUGUCUGCUUAUCUGUGCCACAAGAACACAAGCAUGAUUAUGAUUUUGUAAAGGCAGAAAUCUUGAAAAUUUAUGCCAUCACACCCAAGACCCAUUUGAAAAAGUUCCGAACCAUCCAGCAUCAGGCUGAUCAAACCUUUACAGUUUUUUAUCAAAGCCUUCUCUGCCAUUAUAAUAGGUGGAUGGAGGCAUAUGCAGUCAAGACUUUUGGACAGUGCACUAACCUAAUAGUAGUAGAACAACUGCUCACUCAGUGCCCUCCUGAUGUACAGCGUAUGAUCAAGCAAAGGGCCCUUACUCCAGAAGCGGCAGCCAGGAUUGCAGAUGAGUAUUUAAUCAUACAUCCCAAUCUGCAAAAGAACCAAAACUUGAAGAAGCAGCUCUCUGAGGUUCCUUUAAAUGUAAGAAGGCCAACCCAAGUAACUUUUCAAGAUGAAAUAAAAGGAAAUUUUAAAAAAGCACAGGCAAGCUGCAAGAGAUCAAAAUAUGCAAGAUAAGUGUCCCCAGCAACCCCAAAAACAGUUUAGAGAAAGCAGACCUUCCCAAUGUAUAUAAUCCCAUUUCAUAACAAGCCUGAAUAUGCAUGUUGUUUAAAAGCAAGCUGUAUUUCAGUAUAUCCCCAAUAGUAUCUAUAUAUAUAUAUAUAUAUAUAUAUUAUAGUAAAUGUUCAAUAAAACAAUAAAACAUUUUAACAAUGGU